CAGGCCGUGUCGUUUCACUGCACUCUACACUCCCUGCUACUAGCCCCUCGAAGCGGUCUAACUUUAAAAUGCUCCUCAGGUCUAUUAGGAACACUGUGCCAAAGAAUAGAGCAAGUGACUGAUCAAGUUCCACUGAAUUGUUCCUUGAAACUUACAUUUCAAAACUUUGGAUUUGAGCCAGUGCGCCGAUAGUGAGUUUGCGAUGUGAUUUUAUCUUCAUAACUAUUCUGAUGGUGUUGGGAGAUGGCAGUGCGCGGUGGGCGCUACACGUGGCGGUGCUGUUGGCAUGCCUUUUGGUGGGUGCACUGGCGCCAGAGAAACUGGAGCCCUGUACGGGUAGCCCGCUCUGCUCUUGCAGAACUGCUCACAUGUCUUGCAUCGCGGUACCUUUACACAGAUUUCCAGAAUGGCCUCGGAUAGAGCUUCAACACCUAGACGUGAGCAUGUCUAACCUAGAAGUGCUCUCGGAAAGUGCUCUAGAUGGUUUGAAACUGCAAACUUUAGUUCUAGUAGCUAAUAAAUUGCAUCAUAUAGAACAACACGCCUUUAGUUCGAUGGCGUCAUCGCUGGCGUCUCUAGACCUUGGUUACAAUGAGUUCACUGAAAUACCGCAACAAGGCUUAAAAGAUUUAAAAGUUUUGAACUGGUUGAAUUUGCAGAAUAACAACAUAGUGUACAUUGGGCUCGAAGUUAAUUGGCAUCACCUAGAAGAGACUCUCACGAGCUUAUCGCUGAGCAACAAUCAAAUUAUUUUUCUGAAAUCUCAAGCUUUAUCAUCACUGCACCAUCUCUUACAAUUAGAUUUGGAAGGAAAUCAUAUAAGAAGUAUCAGUUCAGAUUCCUUGCCACAAUCCUUGACACUCCUCAAGCUCUCCAAUAACUUUUUAUUUGAAUUAUCCUGUGAUUUGAUUUUUAAUCUACCUCGUUUACAGUCCAUCAAUUUAAGACAUAAUUAUGUAAGAUUGAACGCCAACACUCCAUGUCAUCAUAACAAAAGUAAAAAGCUGGAAAAACUGGAUUUAAGUAACAAUAAUAUAAAUGACAGUUCUGACAUUGACAUUUUCCAUGAAAUUCAAAUACGACAAAUAAUUUUAGAUUUAAACGAACUGAGCACAAUACCGAAGUUAUUGUUUACAAACAUUCGAAUCGAGAAACUGUCCGUUUCGUAUAACAAACUCAAUUCCGUAAGCCGCGAUCUGUUUUUGUCACUGAGAAAUUCACUUGAACAUUUAGAAUUGGAACACAACAAUUUGUUCCACUUGCCGGACAGUCUGGCUCUAGUCGGUCGACUUCGUCAUUUAUCUCUAGCUUACAACCGACUAGAAGAAUCACCCCUACUGCCUGCUCGGAUUCAGACGCUCUCGUUGGCUGGAAACUUUUUAACUUCAAUACCCGCCGUGCUACAAACACUUGAGCCUGGUUCCAUUCGUUAUCUGGACCUAAGCUACAACAAGAUAUCUAAUUUGUUACCCAACGACUUUUUAGAUUGGGCCACAGCCCUGGGAACUGUAAACUUAAGAGGUAACAGAGUUGCACAAAUCUAUUCGAAUGUUUUUCCAGCAAAUAUGCCGCUCAAAGAGAUAAAUCUGAGUUUCAACGACUUGUAUUACAUUCACCCACAAUCUUUUGCGAACGUAACCGGUUCUUUACACAUAUUGGAAUCUUCUUCUACAUUAUUCAGUGGAUUUUUUCCUUUCGAAAUUGAAGAAAACCUAGAUUUUCUCAGCUGGCUUUCCUUCGACAACAACGAUUUUCAUAUUUUAAAACUAUCCGAGCUUGUUUCAUUCCCUAAUCUUAAAUAUUUGAACAUGGAAUACAAUAGAAUUGUUGAUAUUAUUACCACAUAUCCAUAUAAUUUCACUUUAUCUCUAAGCAAUAUAAGAAUGUCCUUUAACUUUUUAAGCUACAUACAAAGAGAAACGUUUGCUCAUAUGCCAGAGUUAAGAAACUUGGAUUUAUCUUAUAAUCGAAUCAACAACUUAACUAAGCACAGUUUCGCAAACUUACCGAAUUUAAGAUAUUUAUCUCUGGCGGGUAACAUAAUCGAUACGAUGGAAACUGAGACCUUCACGAAUUUACCGAAAUUGGAAGUAUUAGAGCUUCAAGGAAACAACUUCACGUAUUUGUCGUUGGCUUCAUUUCAUAACAUUUCAGGUUCCGGUGUAACGUUUACAUUAAAUGUUAGUAGAAAUUGCAUUCACCAUAUUGAGGGUGAAACAAUUUUACCUAUCAACGUUUUUGAUGGUUCACAUAACUGUAUGCAUCAAGUGCCAAAUAGUUUAUUAUUAGCGAUAGAAUUUUCAAUUCGACAAAUAAUUUUAUCUUAUAAUAGAAUCGUGCAAAUACCUAAUGAAGUAUUCGGUGAGGCCACAUUUUUAGAGAUAGUAGAUUUACACAAAAACGAAAUACAUUUAAUAAAAAAGAAAGCAUUUACAAACCUUGUAUUUUUACAAAUCUUAGAUUUAUCAUUCAAUGCUAUUUCUCAGCUGUCAGUGGAACAGUUUUAUAAUCUAAACAAAUUAAGAUAUUUAAACUUAAAUCACAACAAUUUACGAUUACUACCCCGAGAUAUCUUUAAAAAUACGAUAAUCGAACAUUUAGAUUUAAGCCACAAUGAAAUAUCUAUCUUCCCAGUAACAGCUCUUUCACAGAUUGGCUUUACUUUGCGUUAUCUAGAUUUAUCAGAGAACCGAAUCGAGUAUUUGGACAGCAACAUUUUUCGUAACACACAAUUCUUAUUAAACUUGAACUUGGGUAAAAAUCUUUUAACGGUGUUAUCCGAUAACACGUUUUCGAGUCUUGGUGGGCUGCGUCAACUGGAUCUGAGUUCUAACUCUAUAAAGGCCAACUUUAAGGAGUUGUUUCACAACCUCCCAAACUUGAGGCAUUUGAACCUUGCAAAUGUAAGCUUAAAGUCGGUGCCUUAUCUACCCUUGAUGAACUUAACUAGUCUCAAUUUAACGUCAAAUUACAUUAACAGUUUUAAGGAUAUUGAUGUAAAGCGACUACGACUAGUGAAUCUUCGCCAUUUAGAUUUAAGUCACAAUCGUCUUACCUCUUUAGUGCCAAAGAUGUGGAUUCAUUUAAAUAAUUUAAAUACGCUCGACGUCUCUUACAACCCUAUAGUUAGGAUUACACAGAAUAGUUUCAAAUCGUUAAGUAAUUUAUCUCAUUUAAAUUUAAAUGGUUUGAAAUACUUAGAUAUUGUGGAUCCAGAUUCCUUCCGUCCCUUGAUGUCUUUGCGAUCCCUAUAUAUUCAAACUUGGUCUAAUAUAAACCACUCCUCUUUCCGAAUAUCUAAUAUCACUUCUUCACUUCCUUCUUUGUAUAAAUUGAUAAUAUUCUGGACUGAUGAAGUAAUCGAUAGCCAGCUUCAUGAAAUUGAUGCUAAGAACGUUCGGUACCUAGAAAUUAGAGGAAUCAAACUUCAAAGAAUUUCAGACGAUGCUUUUCAUGCCUUCGCUCGGAAUCAAGAAUUAUUCUUGAGAAUCACAAUGACAUCAUUAAGAAAAUUGCCAAUGGCUUUUAUGAGACAUCUGGGAAAAAUACCUCAACUAGGUAUUGACAUCAGCUACAAUCAACUCUCUACUCUCAACCCAGCCAUAUUCUAUCCGAAUUUUACAAGUUGGAGUCAAGUUGCAACCAAGUUACUGUCAGGUGGCUUGAUUUUAACGGGAAAUCCAUUGGAAUGUGAAUGUGAACUAGCGUGGCUGGGCGCAUGGCUACGACGCUGGUUGCAAGAGAACGAAGCAGGGGCAGAGUUGAGGAGAGCAGUGCGUGAAGCGUCUUGUAAAGAUCAACUCGGACGAAGGAUACCGCUUCUACAACUCCGCGCUGACGAAGCCGAAUGCCACGCGAGUGCGCUUUCCAGUGACGCUCAGCUCAAUCACAAAAAGAUGCUACACACAUUCAUAGCCGCAAUCUGGAUUUUAAUAUUCAGAUGAUGUCAAUGAACUGGCUUAGUAUAAUUAAUAAAUAAAACAUUGUAAAUAUUCGAAGCCGCACGAAUCUAUUGAUUUGCAAAAAGAACAGACUGUAGGUGAAUUUUGUACACGGUACGAUUUUGAAUAUUAAUGUAGACAACAUGAGACGUGUUCGUGAUUAAUAGGGUUAAUUAAUAACGAAAUUGAUUAAUAUUGUAAUAAUUGAAAAAUGAGAUGUUAUCUUAAACAAUUUUGAAGGUCUUAAGAGUAGGGAUUUAGAAAGUCGAUUAUGUUGGUUGUGGUCCGAAAUUCUUAAUUUAAAUCAGUAUUUCUUUUGUAAUAGUCAAUUUCAUUUCAUCGGAAGUCAAGUUUCAAUACA